GCGUGCGCGGGGGGCUCCGCGGCCGCUCCGCCAUGUUCCGGCGUCCCCCGCGUAACUUCCGCGGUCGGCGGCGGGUGGCCUCCAGCAGCAGCAGCAGCGAUGAGGAGCCGCAGCCGGUCGUCCCCUCCGCCCCACCGCCAGUCCCGGCUCCCGAGCAGGAAGCGGAGCCUGGGGAGGGUGAGGGGGACCCCGGCAGCGCCGCCGCCUCGCCGGAAGGGGCUAGGGCCUCCGCGGCGGUGGAGGGGCCGCUGUCCCCAGAGGAGCCGGCGGGUAGCCCCGAGGACCGGGUGGAGAGUGGAAAGGCGGCUGCGGGCCGAGGGCCGCGCCGAAGCGGGCCGGUGCCGGGGGGAAAGGCCUUGCUGAGCUUCGGUGGUGAGGAGGAGCGGGAAGGUGAAGAAUUUUUUAAAAUUAAAAAGCCAUCCUUCAAUGAAGUAACCUUUAGAAUUCAAAAGAAGGAAAGCCUGCCACCUACACAGACAGAAACUGAAGAAAGCAAAAAAAUCUGUCAGUUGGAGCCUAGAACUGACAACACCAAAGGCACUUGUGCAGAAGAAGAGGAGAAGGAGUUUGAAAGUUAUUCUUCAGUAAGUAAGGACUACAACAGCUCAGACUCUGAAAAUGAAUCAAGGUCUCCACAGGAGAGGAAGGAUUUAUCACCAGGUAAUAUCCCCAGUGAGGCUUGUAUUGAUGCUGCUCGGAGGAAACGUCACUUAGCCAGGACACAGGCUGAUUAUCUGCCACUGGAUGUUUCAAAUGGUCAUCAGGUCUCUCGGAGAAGAGAAGGCAGUGAUUUUGAAAGUGAAGAUGAGUCUGAUAUGAGGAAUCUCGUUUUUGCUCCUAAAAUGAGAACUCUUAGGCAGAGGAUGACUGAACACAUGGUGUCUGUGGGUGAUGAAUCAAGUGAAGAUGAAGCAGAAAUUAAGUGGGAAGAGCAGCAAAUAAGGAAAGCUGUUAAACUCUCUCAGGAAACGUACGAUGAUGCUUCCCUGCACAAAGCUCCAGCACCUAAACCGAAGUUUGAUCCCUCUGUUUCUCUACCACCUGUGGACUUGGAAAUUGUGAAGAAGCGACUGACUGAAAGGAUAACAUCGUUGCAGGAUGUGCACCGUGCUCACCAGAGGGAGUAUGAAAAAUACAUGGAGGACAUGGAAAAGUCAAAGAUGACUGUCCAGGAGUUAGAGAAGUCUUCGGAUGCAGCUCAGAAUUACAAAUUCUACAGGGCCAUGAAAACAUAUGUAGAAAACUUGAUCAACUGUUUGAAUGAAAAACUGAAAUACAUUAAUGAUCUAGAACUGGCUGUACACGUACUUCUUCAGCAACGAGCCAUGAAAGUAUUGAAACGAAGGCAAGAUGAGCUGAAAAAUGAAUCUGCUUAUAUUCAGCAUCUGACAAGUGGGAAUGACAAGUCAACUAAUGGCGGUUUGGAAGGGGAUGGGAAGGCACAGCUUCUGGAAAUGUGUGAACGUCGAAGGACUUGUAGGCGGCAAGCGAGAGAGUGUUCAGGAGAAGCUGGUCACCACGAAGGCAUGUCGAGUGAUGAUGAGCUGACUCCAACAGAGGUGACAGAGUUCCAGAAGAGCAAAGAUAACGUUUUAGAGGAUAGUAGGAAAAUCUUUGAAGAUGUUCAUGCAGAUUUUUGUGACAUCAGCAAAAUCCUGUUGAAAUUCCAGGAAUGGAAAGAGAAGUUUCCUGACACUUACUGUGAUGCUUAUAUUAGUUUCUGCCUGCCUAAGCUAUUAAAUCCGUUGAUCAGAGCUCAGUUAGUAAAUUGGAAUCCUCUUGAGCAGAAUUUUACAGAGUUGGAAGACAUGCCCUGGUUCAGAGCUAUAGAAGAAUUCAGUGAUGCCAAAAACAUAUCUGAAUCAAAACGGGAUGAUGAUCCUGAUCGAGAAGUUUUGCCUAAAGUGAUUGAAAAAACUAUUCUGCCAAAAAUUACAGGAUUUGUAAAGAAUGUGUGGGAUCCUUUAUCUACAUCCCAGACAAAGAAUCUUGUACAGCUCUGCAAAAACGUGUUUGAAAAACAAGUGCUUUCCAAAAAUGAAUGCAGUCAAGCAAAAGAGGAUUUGAUAAACACGGUUGUCCUAAGAAUGAAGAAAUCUAUAGAGGAAGAUGUCUUUAUUCCCCUGUAUCCUAAAAAUGCUGUGGAAGACAAAUCAUCACUAUGUUCAAAAUUCCAAGAAAGACGAUUUUGGUCAGCUGUUAAGCUGCUCUCCAAUGUUCUUCUUUGGGAUGGGAUUGUACAAGAAGAUACAGUCCGUGAUUUGGGACUGAGCAAGCUGCUGAAUCGUUACCUCCUUCUGAACCUCUUGAACAUACCACCAGGGCCAGAUAACAUAGAAAAGUGUAAUAAGGUGGUUGCGUCCCUCCCAGAAAGAUGGUUCCAGGAUCUUAAAAGUGGAUCAACUCUCCCUGAGUUACUGAACUUCUGCCAGCACUUGCUGCGAUGUGCCCGUACGCUACACAAGAAUGACCACAGUAAUGAAACAAAAGAAGUUCUUCUCCUGCUGGUGAAAAUCAAAGCUCUGGGCAUAGUUGAAGACUUCAUCGAAGAGCACAAACUUGAACACCUUAAAUCAAUGAUUGGGAAAUAGAAAUUUUUGAAGCAACAUUGAUAUUACUGAAAAAAGCCUGAUAUUCACACAAAACCAGUUUAAUUAGUGGACCCUGCCUACUCAAAGGUGUAGUGGUAAUCACUGCCUUUUUAAAUACUUGAGGGUUUUUUUCCCCCAAAUGUCUUCUACUGCCAUCUACUCCUAGGUUAAGGAAUCGUUUUAGAAGCUACAGUUAUCAAAGUAAAGCAAUGGUUGGGGCAUUAUAAAACGUAUGACAAUGCUUUAUUGUUUUACCCUUUUUGGAGGGAUUUCUGGCAAGAUAGGAAGUGCCUGUAAAGUUUAUCCCUGCUAGCCAGGAGACAGCUUUACAAGCCAUUUUCAGUGUUAUGUUGCUAAAUAUCACUCUGACUUGGCAGUCAGGGAGCUCUCCUAACUUGUGGUCCAAGUGAUUUUUUUUGGUAGUCAUCUAACAUUGCAGGGAUUUGACUCUGAUACAGAAAGAAGGGAAGGAGUUUGAAUGUUUAUUGUGAAUGUGGGGUCAGUGAGGUCUGAAGUUGCACAGGAGAACAUCUGGGGAAGAGCAAAUGUACUGAAGGUGGUGUCUGAUGGGUGUAGUUUUGUACGAGGGUGACACAGACUGAACUGGAGUUGUCACACAUCUUGCUUUGUCAGACUUCUAAUAACAGGCAUCUCGAUGGUGAGCAGCUCAAGAACAACUUCAGGUACUUUCUACUCGCUGAAACUCGAGGAAAGUCUUCCUUUUGCUUCCCAGUAAGAUCUCCUGAACCCUGCUUCAUCAUCCCCUUACUGCAUUUCUAGUGUUUUAUAACUUUGUAUAUUUGCAAUAAAUGGUGGUGUAGAAUAACAAGGAUGUUUUACUGUAGAAACGGUAGUGCACACCAGACUCUGUGUCAACUUAUAACUCAAUUUCUCCAAAAUCUUCUCAGACUUGAAUUUAACUCUUGCGGACUCAAUCCCUUAUGAUUUCUUUUGUAUUUUUUUAAGUUAAAAAUGUUAUUUUUGUAAAAUAUUUUAAUUGUAAAUAGUUUUGAUCAGUGUUAAAGACAAAAAGAGGACUUUUAAAAAAUGGUUUAUUUUCAAAAUAAAGUAUGAGUAUUUUACUGUGUUAA